ACUGGGGUUGGAAUCACAGGCAGUCUGCUCACAGAAAAGCACUCUGCAAAUUCUAAUACCUCAGGCAAAAGUUUCAUAGGUGGUGGACCAUGGAGCUUCUUGUGAAUGUAAGAAAAUGGAUAGAAGAAAACAAAACUGCCUUUUUGCCACCUGUUUGCAAUAAGCUUAUGCAUCGCUAUCAAUUAAAUGUGAUGUUUGUUGGAGGACCAAAUGAAAGGAAGGAUUAUCAUAUUGAAGAAGGAGAAGAGCUUUUUUACCAGGUUCAAGGAGAUAUGUGUUUGAAGAUAAUUGAAAAUGGGAGACAAAAAGACGUUGUCAUCCGAGAAGGGGAGAUGUUCCUGCUACCUGCCAGGAUACCUCACUCUCCUCAGAGAUAUGAAAACACUGUGGGUCUUGUGGUUGAGAGGGAAAGAUUAAAAACAGAAAUUGAUGGGCUAAGAUACUAUGUUGGAGAAUCAACUAAUGUCCUCUUUGAGAAAUGGUUUCACUGUGAAGAUCUCGGCACUCAACUUAUACCAAUAAUUCAAGAGUUUUUCAAUUCAAGGCAAUAUAAAACUGGAAAACCAAACCCAGAUGAACUCCUGAAAGAAACACCUUUCCCACUGAAUUCCACUUCUGUUAUGGAGCCAUUUUCCUUCUCGAGCUGGUUAAAUGAUCAUCGUGGUGAAAUUAAACAGAAGAAAUCCUUGAGUAUGUUUGGAGAUAACUUUGAAACAGAGGUUAUAGCUUAUGGACCAGGAACAACUGAGAAAAGUAAAAAGAAUUCGGAUAUCUGGAUAUGGCAGCUGGAGGGCACAUCGACUGUUGCCAUGGAUGGCAAAACCCUGACUCUCUCUGCUGGUGACAGCCUGCUUGUCCGUGCCCAGUCUACGUACUGCUGGAAAAGAGCAGAAGAAUGUGUUGCUCUCUGCAUCGCUCAGGAUCCAAAACGCAAGCAGCCUUAUAAAUAACUCCUAUGUCAGUUGGCUUUGAUGAUAACCAAGUUUUGACCUCCCUAUCUUAAUUAUCUUUUACUUGGAAUGCCUGGAAAUUUGAAUACUCUAACACAAUGAUUAAGCAGAGUCAAGUGCUGUACCCAAGUAAAGCAUUUUCCCCAAGUAGUUAAAGUUUGAGCAAAAUUUAUAAUCAGUAUUUUUUUAAGAUCUAGUGUUCUCUUUCAAUUUAUCUGAAAGGAAAUGACAACAUAUCCAAGUAGCAGGAUUACUUAUCUAAUAAUACAUUAUACUAUCUAGAUGAAAUUAGAGUCUUUUGAAAUGCAAGUCCCUGCCACAAGAUGUAGAAAAGGAGAUGGGGCAGAUACUGUUACACUACUUAGGUUAUAGUUUUUACUUCUUUGUAUUAGAUUUUUCAUUUGUAAUAAACUAAUACAACACUAGCUUCCCAGCCCAGCUUCCAGUAGCGAAGCUUUAAUUGGUAAUAGUUCAGAGUUCCUCUGACAUCUUUGGCUAAAAGUUUGGUUUUUUAAAGGCCCAAUCUGCUGCACUACUUGAGAAUCUCAGUGCUUUGUGAAAGAGAGGAAGGAGUAU